GGGGCUUGGCCGCGACCACCGAAGAGUGAGUGGGUGGCUGCCACGGACAAACUGGACAGCAGCCUUGCCAGCCAGCCCUGAAUCUGCUUUCUAGGCUCCUCCAACCGUGACACUCUUUUGCUCCUACCUUUCGGAACACGGAGCCUCCCCGCCUCAUCCAUUCCUCCUUAAGAUCCGGUUAGCCCGCCUCCCCCAGCCCCAGUUUGGCCCCUUCAGCCCCACAGCCAUUACCCGGGUUCCGCCAUGCUGGGGCUCCGCCGGGACCGGCUUCUGACCCUGCUGCUACUCGGGGUGCUGCUCUCCGCUGACCUCUACUUCCACCUCUGGCCCCAAGUGCGGGUCCAGUUGCGGCCACGGGGAGGUCCGGGGGACUGCUCUUGCCCCGUUUCGGCUGCUGACCCCUCCGCCCCGCCCCCAGAUCCCGCGACUACCACAACCUCCCGCCCUGGCGGAGCUGCACACAACUUUUCCCAACUAAGACCAAGCGAGCAGAGUGAUGAGCCGGACGGCCGCAGCACCGGCCGCCCAGGCCUGUCUAAGCUGCAAAGCCUCUUUGCCCACCCGCUCUAUAGCGCCCUCUCUGAGCCGCCUCUGCAGGGACCGGAGGACACUCUGCUCUCCAGCCAGGAAGCGCUCCGCUAUUACCUGAGAAAGGUGGCCCGUUGGAACAGGCGUCAUAAGAUAUACAAAGAGAAACUCAACCAGACUUCCCCAGAGACUCCACUACAGUUCCAGCAUGAGGCCAGCUGGGUCCAGUUCCAACUGGGUAUCAAUCGCCAUGGGUUGUACUCCAGAUCAAGUCCCACAAUCAACAAACUCCUUCAUGACAUGAGGCACUUCCCUACCAUCAGUGCUGAUUACAGUCAGGAUGAGAAGGCUUUGCUUGGGGUAUGUGACUGCACCCAGAUUGUGAAGCCCAGUGGAGUCCACUUGAAAUUGGUUCUGAGGUUCCAAGACUUCGGGAAGGCAAUGUUCAAACCCAUGAGACAGCAACGGGAGGAAGAGACACCUGAAGACUACUUCUACUUCAUUGACUUUCAAAGGCACAAUGCUGAGAUUGCAGCUUUCCAUCUGGACCGGAUUCUGGAUUUCCGUCGUGUUCCCCCAACUGUGGGGAGGCUGUUGAAUGUCACCAAGGAAAUUUUGGAGGUCACCAAGAAUGAAAUCCUGCAAAGUGUUUUCUUUGUCUCCCCAGCCAGCAAUGUGUGCUUCUUUGCCAAGUGUCCAUAUAUGUGCAAGACUGAAUAUGCUGUCUGUGGUAACCCUUACCUGUUGGAGGGCUCCCUCUCAGCAUUCCUGCCAUCUCUCAACCUGGCCCCAAGAUUGUCUGUGCCCAGCCCAUGGAUCCGAUCUUACUCACUGGCAGGGAAAGAGGAGUGGGAGAUGAAUCCCUUGUAUUGUGACUUGGUGAAGCAGACUUACCCAUAUAAUAGCAGCAACCGUCUCCUCAACAUCAUUGACAUGGCGAUCUUUGACUUCUUAAUAGGAAAUAUGGACCGUCACCAUUAUGAAAUGUUCACCAGGUUUGGGGAAGAUGGAUUCCUCAUUCACCUGGAUAAUGCUAGAGGGUUUGGGCGACAUUCCCAUGAUGAGCUCUCCAUCCUCUCACCCCUUUCCCAGUGCUGCAUGAUAAAAAAGAAAACACUGUUGCACCUUCAGCUGCUGGCCCAUCCAGACUACAGGCUAAGUGAUGUGAUGAGAGAGUCACUUCUAGAAGACCAACUCUCUCCUGUGCUCACAGAGCCCCACCUCCUUGCUCUGGACCGGAGACUACAAGUCAUCUUAAAGACAGUGGAAGGAUGCAUUCAGAUUCAUGGAGAGCAGAAUGUUGUAACCACUGAACUAUCAGAACAUUCAUCCCCAAACUCUGACCAAGCAGAUUUAGCAAGCUAGGGUCUGGAGGGGAUAAGUGGAAACGUCAAAUUUUAAGAGAAGUCCUAGGAGAUCAGCAGUGGGCUUAACCAUCAUUCACCUGUUGCCUCUUAUUUCUGGUCUGUGCUGAGAGACCAGUCUCAAAAAAGGUGUCAGGAACUCAGCUGAUUACAACAUAGCAACAAAAAUCUCCUGUUCUGCAACUUCAUUCUCUGAGACAAUAUUUUUAUGACAAACUGCUGUCAUUUUCCCUAGACAGCAGGAAUUCCACAAAGCUCAAAACAGUACUCCUUGGGCUAACAUGGCAAGUUACCGUAAAUUCCCAGUAGGAGACCAGUUGGAGAAAAGGAUCUAAGUCAGUUAUCCUCAUAUGGAGGUUUCAAGAGUUUUGACACAGCUCCUAGUUAAGACAAUUAACUGCAGAUUAAGAGGCUUUGAAUAAAAAGACAAGUUUAGUGUACACUUACUCCCUCCGAUUCUAGUUUUAAUUCUGGGAAUGAUGGGAAAAUAAUGCUUUGUCCAGCAUAAAAAUUUGUAGGAUACCCAAGGUAGGCUUUAAAAAAAAAAAAAAAAAAGGCAAAGUGGAGCUACCCAACUAGACUAAGACUAAGGUUCUUAACCCUCAUUCCCACCUUUAGAAUUCAAUUGAAAUACAGUGAUCUCUCAAUGCAUUCCAAAGACACACUUUAUCAGAAGCUUUGUUAGCAGAGGCAGAGAUAACAACAGCUUAUAUAGAGAGCUUUAAAGUUUGCAAAGAGCAUUACACACAUUUAGCCUCACAACAACCCUGUGAGGUAGGUUUGGUUUAAUAUACAAUAAGAAUGUUUCUGGACAUCAGAAAAGGAGAAAGUACAUUAAUUUAGACGGUAUUUUAUGUGAGAUAUUCCAGAUGACAAAAAUAUGUAUGAGAGCCUUGGGAUAGAGGAAAGAAAGGGACAUAACCAGGACACAAACUAUAUAGGGACGAGUCUGCUAGAAGACUGGUGGAUCAUAUGUUCCUAUGUUCCUACCAGCUCCCAGAAGUAGGCUUUCAGUAAUCACUACUGGGUUAGUCCCUAAAAUCAUCCUCAGGGAGACUAACAGGGUGGGGAGGAAACACAGGAAAUUGGUUUAUCUUCAGGGCCUGCCACACCAAUAGGCAUACCGAUUUCCCAAAUACCUUUCUACUUGAAGUCUGAACAGGGGACAGUUUCAUUCCAGAAAUAAAGACUUUAAAAUGCAAUUGUUUAGCUAAAGGACCCCACUGACAUCUAUCCUAAACUUGACAAAUGAGACUAACAAAAUAGGACAAAAUAAUAUCAAGUGCUUGUUUUUCCCAUUUGGGCCCUGAAAAGCAGGGCCAACAAGGGAAAGUCUCUGAAGAUAAACAUUUUUGAGGAAUGACCCAAUUUUUCUAAGGUGAGCUGUCACCUUCAACUGCUUAUGACCAAAACAAAGUGUUGAGAGGAAGUGGUACUUUUCCUGCACACACAACUUAAUAGAAGUCUGUCCACCAGUCAAUACUGCUUCAUGCAAGGUUUCUUUUAUUUUUAUUCUAGCCACAGUAAUUAUAAAAAAACUUCAUUUUCAGAAUUAGAGACAUUACUUUUCUACAGAAGACUUCUUAUUACUUCAUUAGCCAUUAUUCCUAUUUAUCUCAUUUGUAUGUUUUAGGAAACGGGACAAUCAGAGGGAAUAGUAAAUAAUAAGUAUUGGCAAGGUCCAGGUUCAACAGAAGCUGUUAUUCAGCUAAGGGGGUGCAGUGGUAGAACCUCAGCCUAGCACAGCCCUAUUCCAGUCUUAAAGUGAGUCAUUUACAACUGCUACAAUUACACAAAUACUUAAUUUGGCUAAUUUUGAAGCACCAGAAGGCAAGCUGUUGCCUCCACAAAGAGAAGGAUGGGGCAGGAGAGGCAGGACAAUAACUUCACUAGCAGUUUUUUGCUGCUUUCAGAAAGCAAAGGGAUUUUUCCCCCUAUCCUGCAUUCCUCUACUCCUCUCACCCCUUUUAUCUCUGGAUUUUCACAAAAUCUAAUUAGAAACACUAAAAGUAGUCCAGGAAAUGGUUAAGUUGAGCUAAGAAUUCAAAUUUAGCUGUGCAGGGUACUGAACUCCUUUUUCUUCAUCGUUGAUAUUCUAAUACCCUUACUAACCAAUAUUCAAAGGGAAAGAGGGGGCUUUUCUGUCAUUCUUAGUACUAACCUCCAAUAUUUUUAACUCCUGCUAAACUUCAAUGAACUUUAGGAACCAAAAUAGUGAUAAAAAUAAAGUUCUCCAUCUAGUGGUAGGGUUUUUUUUUUUUUUGUCUGUUUUGUUUUCCACUUAGAAAGUUGCGUGUUCUACUAAAAAUGCAGAAGCAAGGAACCAUUUGGCAAAAUGAAUAUAGUUGCAUUGUUUUAGGGUAGGAUGAGGUCACAGACCUUAAAUUAAAAAAAAAAUUUAGCCAUGUAUACACAUCAAAGCCGAUUACUAUGGAAAAUAUCCUGUUGAAAUAGAAAGAAUAAAGAAACCCCAAUACCUCUUCUGAUCCUCAAAUCUAUAGACUCCAACAGCUUUUAUGACACAAAACCUGGGGGCAUAUAAUAAGGAGCUAUCUAGACAUGCAUUCCUGUCUCACUUUAAUUUAUCUAGAAAUAUAUUGGGAAAUUUCUUUUGGUCCAUACCUAUGAUUUCAUUGGUAUAGGUAACUAAUUCACCUUAUCAAUGAAAAAGGACAACUUAUAGUCUUAAAGACUUAUUUUGGGACACACAGGCAAUAUAUAUAUUGUGGGAUUUAAAAAGAAGUGGGACCUAAACCCAGACUUUACUGAUUCGGAGAAUGCUCUCUAUAUUACACAAUACUGGGUAUAAUGGGGGGGGGGGAACAGCACUUUUAGCUAUGAACUUAGUUUGGGAUAAAAAUGCUUGUAUUAUUAAAAUUCAGUUUAAAAUCAUGAAACACAUCAAGAAAAACUAUAUCAACAUGAUGUCGAUAAGAAUUCAAUUCAAUAAAUAUUUACUGAGCUCCUACUAUAUGCAAGGCACCAUGGGGGGAUACAAAAGGAAUAAGACACAGACACUGCCCUGGAAAAGAAAGGCUCCAAUCUGAGCUAUCAUUUUAGUGUUCUGCUUUGGCAAAGGGCACAUAUAUAUAAAUAUAACUAGGGAUCAUCCACCCAAGGAACUGCUAUUGAGUUGGAUUCUGUUUUGGCUGUAUCUAUUUUGUCCAUGGCCCCAAAACAAUACUGAAUAUGAUUAAGCUGUUUGCCUUGGAAAGCAACAUAAAUGGAAAAAUGUUUUUCUGACAUUUGAAUAUAUACUAGUUUUAAGUUCCAUUACAUGUGAGGAUAGAUAAAUAUAUUUGUGUGAACUAAACUGCUGUAUAUAUUAGAAAGCUAGAGGCCUUCUGCCUAUGGUCAGACAUCUGAGGACUGACCAACUGGAAGCAAAGCUAGUAUGAAGAUAAAUAUAAAGCUAAGCAAUAUGUCAAGAUUUACAUCCAAAAUAAUAUGCUGACUGACUCAAGAACUAUCAGCUCGGUCUUUCUUUUUCUGUAAAGUCUUGGAAGAAAGCUCAAAGGUAUUAAACCUUUUGUCUUCAGAGUGGGGAAAAAAAUGUUUUGCUCUGGAGGUCCCUCCUAGUUUUAAAAUGCUAUGAUUUAUGUAGUCAGUCCAAGACUGACCGGCACAGUACUUUUCUUGCAGUAAAUUUACCAUCAAAAUAUAUUUCAGAUCCAUUCUUUGGUUGACAAAAACUAACAUGGGUCUCUCUAAAAGUAAACUCUUCUUAGUAUAUUAAUAAACAUAGUCCUACCCCUAAUUCACUUCUAAUUAUAAUCAUUUCUGUUUUCUGUUUAAGAUUAUUAUUGAAAGGGAGAGGGAAAGAUGAUGAUAUUUAACAAUUUAAAUCAUUUUUAUUUGCUUGAUCCGCCAUUAGGGCAAUCUUUAACAAAAGUAACAGAAAUAUAUUAGGAUGUACAGUAUAGAGACUGAUAGGUAACAAUACAAAAAUGGUCCACUCGUCAUCUACUGGUUGCUUUCUAGGGCGGUAGCUAAAUGGGGCUUUUGAAAAAUGAAUUUCAAGGCCCUGAAUGUUAGCUACAAUAACUAUGCCAAUUGUGGUUUCUCACACAUAUUUAAACCAUUCACAACGGUAAAGCUAGAACUGAUCAAUGCUUAACCUAGAUUUAGCUUACCUUAAAAUCUUUUAGGCAAAAAGUACAAAUGGGAGUAAAAACAGGAAGUUAAAAGAUUAAGCAGGGAAACUUAAUUAGGAUGCAAGCAUUAUUAUAUUUACCUAAAUAGAUAUAGCUAAGUGUAUAUAGAUGUAUACAAAUAUAUACUGGAAAGUGUGCAUUUCUGUGGCAUUCUAAACUUGUUUAGGAACAUUUCUGACACAUUAAUAAAGAUCAGUCUUUACAGUAAAUAAUAAGAAAAACUUAGGAUACAGAUAAAAGAAUUUUUAAAUUGAAAAAAAUACUCAUACAUGAAGGUAAGCAUUAGAAAACCCUUAUUCAACCUUCUGUUGAAAAACAGAAAUAUUUAUACAUGGUGACUUUUUACCUUCCCAAGGCUUGUGCCGUGGGAAUAAGUUUUACAACCAACAGUCUGAAAACCACUUAAAUCUUGGAACAAAAUACACUGCGACCAAUGUAAAUAUCCAAGAAAAAAACAGAAAGCAUUAUUAAAGCUCAUUGCAUAACAUAAAAAUGCUUGCUUCACUCCCAAGUUCAAUUCUCUAAGAUUACAAUGAAAAUGAAACCUUAAAAUGGCUUACAUUAUGAAAAUGUGGAAUUUAGUUUUAAAAAAACUGCUGAGUAUCAUUGACAGAAUAAUGUAACAAAAAGCUGGUAAAUAUUGAAAUAUAUUAAAGACUCAGAAAAGUUUUACUUACACUUCAUAGAACAUCAUAGAAUGUUAGGCUGAAUGAGAAAGGAAACCUGAUAUGGCAUUUUACAUAAACUUAAAACACACACCCACAUACAUACCCUCCCCACCCUCAACCCAGCAUAAUUUCUGGUUAACAUAAAAGAAAAAAAUUAAACUAUAUGCACUUUUAUGGGACAGAAAAAAGUACCUGACACCACACUUGAUCUACCUCACAAUUCCCACAUUAGCCAUAGCAUCUCCAUUAUUCCAUAGGGACAGAUUCUUCCACAUGUAUAUACUCCCAAACAAACCCAUUUCUUGGAAUCAGGCAGAGAAGCUUAUGAAGAAGUCAAAUGAAAUAUAUGCAAGAAGCAAAAGCUACAAGUGAGAAGAAAGAAUGUCCAUCUCAUUCUUUCACUGGGUCAAAUGUCUAACAUUUAGUAUUUGGCACUAAUUGGGUAAAUGGAGUACUCGCUCUAUAAUUUGUGAAUCACUAGACAAAUUUAGUUAAACAUUAGCCCAGUUUUUGCUUCUAAGAUUUGGAAUCAGGCUGUAAAGCAGCUAAUGGCAGCUGGAAACAGUCAAGCAGAGAAGCUCUCUAUAAAUUAGGGAAGUUGUAUCUGUAGCUAGUGGUGAACAGAAGCAGGCAAUCUAGCAGGUCCAAAAAAAUCUGGAAGUUUUUAACAAGAAACCAAACAUAUUAAGUCAUCUGAAAACCAGCAGACGGUGGGCACAUUUCCUGCUACUUCUAAACUACCAUUUGACUGUAAGCAAAUGUCUCUCCAUUGUACCGAGAAUUAGAGUACUCAUGCAUUUUUAAACUUUAGAGAAGCUCGGUAAGGAGGUUUUUUUUUUUUUUUAAA